ACCUGACCCGGAACCUAUUGUACAACCCAAGGAAGCAGUUUAAAAAAACAGAACGAGGAUCCCACUGCUAAUGAGAAAGGAAGCAACAAAGCUGAAAAGAGCAUGAGUGAGCAAAGAGCUUAACAUUAAAAACAUGAAGGAAAAGAUCUUUAUAGUUUUGGCACUUAUUGCUUUAUUUACAAUGACGUGCUUCGCUGUGUUUUUAUUACGUAACAAAGACAGUUACGGGAUGCUUCCUUCUAUCCGACAAUAUAUGGUGAAAAUAAACGGGACCUUUUUUGGAAAGAUUAUGGAGCAUGUUCGGCCAACUCGCCCCUCAGAUGUCAGCCAGAAAACAACAGCGACUUCAGCUAAACCUCUGGAGCUGUGCCCUGACAGCCCUCCCAAGCUUGUGGGUCCACUUCUUGUUGAGUUUGAAACUAAACGGACUCUGGAGGACGUCAGAAACCAAGUUGGAUUAUUACUCCAGCAGGGAGGAAGGUUUAAACCAUCAAACUGCAUCGCAAGACAGAAGGUGGCAUUCAUCAUCCCAUUCCGAAAUCGUUUUGAACAUCUGAACCACUGGCUUUACUACGUCCAUCCCAUUCUGAUACGACAACAGCUGGACUACGGUGUGUAUGUCAUCAACCAGGAAGGAGACGGAGUGUUUAACCGGGCCAAACUGAUGAAUAUCGGAUUCGUUGAAGCACUGCAUGAAUACGAUUAUGAGUGUUUUGCCUUUGCUGAUGUAGACCUGGUACCCAUAGAUGAUAGAAACCUAUACAGAUGUUCUGAUGAUCCAAGACAUUUAUCAGUGGCUAUAGACAAAUUUAAUUACAAAUUAUCAUCAAAAACCGCCUUUGGAGGGGUCUCCUUACUGUCCAAGGAGCAGUUCUUGAAAGUCAACGGCUUCUCAAACACUUUCUGGGGCUGGGGGGGUGAGGACGAUGAUCUCUACAACAGAAUCAUCCUUCGAGGAAUGUCCGUAUCUCGGCCAGACUCUCAGAUUGCAAAGUACAAGAUGAUCAAGCAUCAAAGAGACGCACACAAUGAAGUAAAUCCAAAGAAUGCCGUCAAAGCACAAGAAACACAAAAUCAUAUCGAUACUGAUGGACUCAAUUCCCUCAAUUACACGAUCAAUGAGAUCCUAAGGGAUGUAAUGUACACCUUUAUGACUGUGGAUGUUCAGGCUCCAGCAGGAUAAACAGCUUUGGUUUCUGAGAUUUCGGUUGCUAUGAAGAAAUUGCACAAAGACACAAAAACAAAGCAGAAGCAGGAGAGGGGGGGCAGGGC